CGGGAGGGGGGGGAAAAAAGAGGAGGAGGGUGCGUCCUCCCGGAAGUGGGCGCGUGACUGGGUCGUCUCUUAGGGAGCAGGAAGCGGACCGGGUUGGGAACAGGUGUGGCGGAUUCCAGGCUCCGGGGGAAAAGUCGGCCAUGUCGGCCUUCGACAAGAACCCCUUCGCGGACCCGGUGGAGGUGAAUCCUUUCCAGGAUCCUUCAGUCACACAGUUAGCAAAUGCUAACCAAGGUGGUCUGGAUGAAUUCAACCCCUUCUCUGAAAGCUCCCGGCUGACGAAUGCCACUCAGACCGUCCCCGCCACAAAGCCCACCAGCCCAUCACAGCCUGCUGUGCUACAGCCCUCUGUGGAACCCACUCCGCAGGCCGUUGCCUCUGCAGCACAAGCUGGCCUCCUUCAGCAGCAAGAGGAGCUGGAAAGGAAAGCUGCAGAGCUAGACAGAAAGGAGCGAGAGCUGCAGAACAGCACGGCCGGGUUUAACCCACGACAGAACAAUUGGCCUCCGCUUCCAAAGAGCUGUCCAGUUAAGCCAUGUUUCUAUCAAGAUUUCUCUGCAGACAUCCCAGCUGACUAUCAGCGAACUUGCAAGAUGUUGUAUUACCUGUGGAUGUGUACUCUGAAAUUAAGGUCAGACAGUUCGUUCAGCUUCUUUGUGUUCUUCUUCAUAUUUUUUUGCCAAAUAGCCAUCUACAUCAUCCAGGCGGUUGGAAUUCCUAACUGGGGUGACAGUGGCUGGAUUGCAGCACUCUCAGAGAUUGGGCAUAACCUGCCUGUGGCGAUCAUCAUGAUGGUGGUGGCUUCGUUCUUUACAAUCUGUGCAGUUCUCUCUCUCAUCCUUCUGAAGCAGGUCCAUUCUCUGUACCGCCGGACGGGAGCCAGCUUCCAGAGGGCCCAAGAGGAGUUCUCCCAAGGCAUCCUCACCAACAGGAAUUUCCAAAAUGCGGCUACUGGGGUUGCCUCUUCAGCUGCUCAGAGUGCUUUCAGGGGGAACUGAAACCUUCCCGAGAGGGCUUCCCUCUUGUUCCGGUCUGUGCUUCCUCUGAUCACUCCCUGAUCUUGACGGUUGUGGACAGCCAUUCCCGUGGGUCAUGGUCAUCUCCAGUGUAGUGGAAAAAGAGGUUUCUCUCCACCUCUGUCCUCCCAGCAGCUGCUUUUUGUUAAUGGGAACGAGCCAGGAUCAGGACAGUGUUCUCUUUUUGGUGUUUCCCCCCACUUUCUGCUUCCUUAAAUCAAAUAUGUUUUCUCCUUAGACCUGGAUUCAUGCAUUUUUUUUCUUCCACUUCCCCCUCCUUACUUUCAUCGUAGAAGUUUCGGGGACCUUGUCUUUGCACUCUUUUAACUUCCCUUUUCACUGGAAGCUGCUGAGAAGAAUGGCUUUUUUUUAUUCCUCUCUAACAUAGCCCCACUAAAAAUUCUAACAGUCGUUGCUGCACUUCUUGAUUUCUUUGGGAGUCGCCCUUUUGCUUCGUUUCUGAUCUUUGAGUGCCAAGCAUGCAAUAUGUUUGGCACAUGUUCUUAGUGCACAGAUGCUGUGUGUUGCAAGGGGUACCAUUUGAGAAGUGCUUUUCCUGGCUUAUCUUAAAGAAUUAGAUGCAGCUAGAGACUAUUGGAACACUUGGUUCCUGCAGCCCCCAGGAAAAAAGGGGGGUACUCCUACUUGCUCUGCGUGUGUCCUUCAACCAAGCCUUACAUUUGGGGGUGGGGGUGGGGGGAGCUGUCAGGAAUGUACAUGAUUCACCAGCUCUGUUGCUACCUGGGAGUUACCAGCAUUAGAUAACCCAGCAGUCCUUUCCUAAGAUGCUUACAUUUGGGCUCCAGGUUGAAGAUUUAGGGAGAAGCAGGUUGGGCCAUGGAACUGACUUUGAGAGGAGGAGGCAGUAUCCAAUAGUUAUCUUAUCCAGUGGUUUUAGACUUCAGAGUGAUCUAGCAGAGAUUUUUGCCAUGAUCCUUCUUUCUGCCUUCUGAUGUUCUCCAUUGUUUGACUGAUUGUGCUCUCGAAGACUUGUUGAGAUAAGAGGGUAUUUUUAGAGACACCUGCCUUCUUAAAAGUGGGCUAGAGUAAAUUUCCUUUCGUCCUGCUCCUGUUUGGCAGAAAUAGAUAAUUUCUGCAUGUGUAAUACCUACCUGAAGCUGCGAUGUGAAUUCAUGGAUGGGCAUUUCUCAUAAUAAAUAAACUGCAAAUCCCAGAAGGCUCCUUUGAAUUCAGCUACAGGCAGAAUCCGGUUAUCCUGAGAAGCUUGGAGGUGUAAGCUAUGUGUGUGUCUCUCCGUGUGUGUGAACAAACACAAUGGCACAUGUUGCUUCCAAUUCUCUUAAAAACAGGUGGAGGAAAGCAAAUGUAGUAAUAAUCCCAGACUCAACGUGUGCAUUGGGGCUGAGGAGAGAGUACAGUCUUGGAGAUAAGCUGAUGUGGAGGGAAGGCGAAGAAGGUAUCUUUAAACACACUAACUACCCUGCUGGUUGGAGAUCUGGAAGCUGAAUGUGGGCUGCAGAAACACUGGAUGUACUGAGAGUGCCCUUUUAGCCACUAUGAACAAGUCAGGGUAGAGGCAGGAAAUUAGCCACUGCCACCUAAAAUGCUUGUUUACUUGACUGUUGUCCCUGGAAGUCAUAAUAUUUUGAGAUAGAGAUGACUAGGGAUAUUGCUCUAAGAUACUAAGCAUUCUGUCCCUCUCCUUUUUUUAGCUAAAAUCAUUGACUUCGGAAAUAUGGAAGGCGUACAGAGCUCCAUCAGAUGUAUAGCCUGCAGGUGAUUCUUAAUAUGAAGUACAAGGGAAUAUUCAGAAGAGUAAGACAUUUGCUGUCUCGCUUACAGGUUUUCUUUAUUUACUUGUUUAUGCGAUCUUAGUGUCUUAUUUCUUAAAGUAGUUUCUUUAAUUACAUCCAGACCUCUCUUAUGAGGUUGGCUGUAAUCCACAAUGUCCCAGGGAAGUAUCUCUUGGCCUAAAUCUCUUUAUUGUUGUUGUUGAUGAUGAUGAUGAUGAUAAUGUUAUUCUUUGGAUAUAUAUUGAUGGCAGAAAUGAGAUUUUUUAAAAAAUACGUCUUUCCUGGGUGUAUUUUUCCACCUGUGAUCUUUUUUUUUUGUAAAAAUGUAUAUGUCAAGACUUGUUGUGCUUAAAUUUGAAAUAAAGAUGUUGAGAUGGUUAGCA